GGGAAUCACUAUUUAAUAAUAUCCAUCAUUUUGUUAAUCAGUUUUAAAUAAACGUUUGCCGAUAACAUGUCUCCGGUGCGUGCUGCUAUUGUCAUAGUGCUAAUAAGUGCAAGCGCUACUUUGGGACAAAUUAUAUCGAGAGCGUGGGAAGUCGAAGGGUACUAUUGGAGAGACUUUAAUGGUACCGUUCCCUCCGACGCCUACGCGGGCGGCUCAGACGCCACCGGAAAGCCAAUUUACAUCGGCCAAGUCUUCGACAAGUACCUAAUUCCGGCAAAAAUCUACGCAAACGACAACAAAGCCUACUACGAGCACGGCAAAAGCGAAUACAAGGCAACCGAGCACGUUAAGAUUCUCUGCACGCAGCAUCCGGAGCAGUUCGAGUGGAUCAAGACCGACAACGACGCGCUUCCGCUGCUGACCAACAAAAAUCUGCUGAUAGGCGGUUACGAGCCGGGGUCGACUACGUACAUAGGCCGAGUGAGGUACAACGGGGAGGUGUCCAUCGGAAAGGCCCUCGUGCACUUCUUCUUCAUACACUCCGGUUUGCAUAUCACCUCCAAUGGAUCGGGAAAGCGAUUCACCGAAUUUGAAGUGCUCGCCUUUGAUCCAAGCUCGCCGAAGAUCGGUUUACCUUUCAGACUAGACUAGGGCUGUUUCCAAUAAACGUUCUCAAAGUUA